AUGACGGUUUCACUGGUCGACCUUUAUCUCAAGUUUCGAGGUUUAUCAGGACGGUCCUCGGGCCCAUACCGCCUACAGAGUGUUACGCUCUGCGGGUGGGCAGCGGUGUACAAAUUCAAAGAAAUGUUUGAGCGGAUGUCGCCCCCACUCCGUCGGGUGCAAAACCUAUUCAUCUCCGAUCUCCGCCCACAUCGGACGCUGGAUGAGUUACCAGACUUGUCCCAACUACGCCAGGACGAGCUUCUUCGUAUCCUCAUUCACUACUCUUUCUCCACUGAAGACAAGGAGAACUUAUUGCACAAGUUUCGCCCAAUAUUUGGACUGGGUAAUCGGCUCACACAAGUCUACUCGGAUUUAGAUAUUGCAGCUGUUCAGGCCCUUGAUCGCAUCUUGCAACUCACAGCGUCACAUCUACGAACUCUCACAAUGCCUAAAUUCGCGCACAUACUCGCCAAUCCUCUUCCCGCGUUGGAAGAACUCACAAUCAUUAAUUCCUCUUCCUUUCUCUCCUUACCCUCGCCUAUUACCUUGAGCACAAAAGUGCUAUUUCCAUCACUACGCCAUCUGCGUCUCGUCCGCUGCCACAAGAUUACCAGGCAUUUUGUCCAAGCGAGUGUGGCUCCUGCGUUGACCCCUCUCUAUCUCAGUCGUAACAUCUCGCUGUCCGCUCCCAUCAUUGAUUCCCCGCCUACCGAUCAUGUAGCCCAAGGAGCCCCUGCAAGUUCUACAGAAAUGGACUUCGUUCCAUGUGUUGAGCACGUCAUUAUACGUCUCGCUCCUCAUCAACUGAAGCCGACUAUGCCCCAAAUUCGAUUAUAUGGUGAGCGGAGACUGCUCCGAAGCUGUAGAUUAACCCUUCUUCUACCUCAGCCUGGCUACCGACAGCCAAGCGAUGAUCAUGUGUGGGCCGAUGCGAAGUGUGACUGGCUGCAACGAAUUAUGGGCAGGGAAGGUUGUUGGAAAAUCGAUCCCUCCGAGGUGAUGGAUGAAAUUGAUGUAUUUUGA